UCUGUGACAUGUCAAUAGAAACCAUAUUGAUAUGAGAAAUUCGAAUGUUAACUAAAUUAUUUUAAAAUUAUUUAUUCCGAAAUAGCUUUUUUUUCUAUAAUCUUUAGUUAUAUCUUUCGGUGGUUGUAUGUUUCAUAAAUUGCGUGCGACAAGAUGUUUGAUUCGGAGAAUGACACAUUGAAACGCGGAGAGCAACACAUUAUUCUUCAAGAAUAUAAUAAUAUCAUCAAAGAACUCAAACAGGAGUUGGAGGUUUGCAAAACAGAGCAAAAUGGCAUACGCUCUCAACUUCAAUCUUUGCAUAUCGAAACCAAAGAUAGUAGUGAUGCCAUACGUGAUUAUAUUUCACGGAUCCAUCUGGAAGAAUGUGGUAAUGAAGAUGCAUAUAACAAGAUAGUCACGAAUUUAAAAGAACGCAUUGCAGUUUUGCAAAUGGAGAAAGACUCUGCAGUACAAUUAUGGCAGGUGUCAAUGAAAGCUGUGGAUGCUUUGGAGCAAGAGUUACGAACUCGUUCAGUAGAUAGUAAAGAUGUAAAAUUUUAUGAAGAACAACUGAAAGAUGUUAGACAAUCAUAUUCAGAAGCCAUAAAGGCUUUAGAAGGCAAAUUACUUCAAGCUAAGGAGAAUUUUGCAAAACAGCAGUCAUUAUGGAUGUCUAACAAGGAGACAACAGAAACUCUAAGACGUGAGAAACAAGAAUUGACGAAACAACUUCAAGAAUUUCAACAAGAUGUUCAGCAGAGAGACAGGAAUAAUCAGCAGAGAAUACAGUCGUUAACAGAGGAGUUAUCUGUCGCGAGGGCAGAGACGCAGAAUUUAAAUCAUUUGAAAUCCGACCUAGAGAGGAAGUUAAACGAGAGUAGAAAAGUCGCCAGUAACAUUCUGGCAAAGAACGAGGAAACGAAAUAUAAAAUGGCUGAAGCUCUGGACCUAAUAGAAUCCGCGGUCAGGGAAAAGGACUUUGUGUUGCAAAGAGAGGCGCAAGUUAUAGAACAGAAGGCUAAGCUGGAAACUCGAUUGGCUUCUAUUACCGAGGAAAACGUCACUAAGAUGCAGAGCGAGAUCGUCAAAUUGAAAGAUGCUCACGAGCAUAACGUGAAGAAAUAUCAACUGGAAAUCAAAGAACUGAAGUCGGAAUUGCGAGAAAAAGCAACGUUAUUAGAUCGGUCGCAGAGAGAGAGCAAAUUGGCGGAGGAGGAACUCGAGAGGGUGCGUCGGAAUUCCGAAGAACUACUAGCAAAAUCGACCGCCAAAUUGCUGAACUUUGAGCAAGCAUUGAAACAAGCUGAUUCCAGAUUGGAAACAUGUAACGAAACGACCGAGAAGCAACACAAUUUAGAGAUGCAACAGUUGCGAGAGAAGAUCAUUAAUCUGGAAGAUAAGCUGGCGGCUUCGAACGAGAAACUGAGGCAGAUUCAGCAGCAAAGUUCUAUGGAUAUGGGAGACCGCAUCAGAUCGAGCGAUGAAAGGACAAAGAAUGCGAUUGAUCGUUACGUUAGUCUGGAGAAUCAGCUGAUGAGAUCCAUGAACGAUAAGGAAUCGUUGGCGACGGAGUUGAAGUCACUACAAUCUGCCUUCGAUCACGAAAUAUACAAGCGAGACUACGAACGGCGCACGUUGGAAAAGAGAAUCCGCGAACUGGAGGCAAAUCUGCAGAAGGCGAAUCGCGUGAUGGAGAAUAAAUCAGAUAAUAAUGCUCCUCCAAUACAGGUUCCUUCGCAACAUUGCUCGGAUACAAUAAAUAAACAUACUUUGGACAUACGGAUAGAAAACAUGGAUCACAACUGGCAAUCUUUGUUAUCCGAGCAACUGAGUAAACAGCAGGAACAUUUUGACAAAAAAAUAAAAGAAAUGACGCAACACGUGACGGUUCAUCAGAAAUUAAGCAAAAAAUGGAGAGAAGAAGCAAAGUCUUUGACGGCCCAAUUUCAAGUAAAAUCGAAGGAAUUACGCGAGAAAAUAAGUUUACUACGCAAAGAGAACGCCGAACUCCAUAAAGCAUUGCUAAUUUGCAGACAGCAAUUUACUGAAUACAAGACAGAUGCUAUUCACAGUUAUAUACAAGGACCUGAGAUCAGGUGACAGCAUCCUUUGUUAGGUACAACACGAUCGCAAUGGAUUUUGUAUAUUGUAAAUAUGUUACACUGGUCAACUUUAUUUACGAGAAAGAUACAAAUCGCAAGAAACAAUGUGAAUUCUCUCUUCAAAAUAUUUUCUAUCAGCAUGGCAGCGA